AUGGCAAGUGAGGAAGAGAGUUUUCUUGCCCUAGUGCAUUGCUCUGGAAAAAUUCAAAAAAGCAAAAGAUAUGGUGUGAAGUUCACUGACAGAGAACCACUGAGUGUUUUCAUCAGUUCAUCUAGCACUUUGUCAGAUUUGAAGAACAGCAUCUUGCAGAAGCUUGGGGUGUUUGGUAGCAAGUGGGUGAAGAAGCUAUUAUACAAGAUUCCUAUCGCAGUUGUCUCGACCGGUGUUAAGUAUGAAACCUUUGUGCUAGCUGCUGAUGAAGAUAUCAGGGUUCUGUUCCAUUGUGUUAGGAGUUUUCCAGAGGUCAGAAUACACGAGUUGUUUGCGAAGUUGGAGGUUGGUGUCGAUAGUUCUGGGACAUCAGCUCCAGUUCAUAGCUCCACUGCCGCGGGAGGUGCAUCUAGUUCGAUGCCUGCGGUCAGACCAUAUGUUCCGCCGGUAGCAUCCCCUUCAUUCGCCGCUGAUUUAGACCGAACGGAGGUUGUUGGUUCUGUACCUUUGGAGAAUGCAGGAGUCUUUGAGCAGGCAUAUGAGGUGGGCACCAGUGGUGGCCUGUUACCUGAUAUACAAGGCUUUGGAGAACCUGAUCGAGUAGAGAAUGCAAUGUGUGACGAUGACUCUGACCAGGAGCCUGUUGAUAUCAUCGGGGACAGCGACGAUGACACAGGUGCCAAUCCACAUGCGCAGCAUGGGCCUUCAAGUUUUGGCACUCAGCAUUACCCUCCACACUUUUCCACACUAAACUUGGAGGCUCUGGGUCAUGAGGCGGACGGUGGUAACACAGUCAGGGGCUCUUCUACAGAAUUUCUGAUUGGACAAUCAUUCCAGAAUAAAGAUGAGGCUGUGCUGAGUGUGAAAGACUAUAGCAUCCGGCGAGGUGUUGAGUACAGAGUCAUCGAAUCAGAUCAUCUGAAGUAUCAUGGAAAAUGCAAGGAAUUUGGCAAGAGUUGUAGUUGGUUGAUUCGGCUGGAUUACCACGUUAUCUGUACGAGGAUUCUUCCGUUGGUUAGGGCAGAUGCUGCGGUUACGGUAAAGGUAUUGCAACAAGCUACAGAAGCCAAUUACGGUUUCAGGCCUAGUUACAGGAAGGUAUGGAUGGCCAAGCAGAAGGCAGUGGCACAAAUAUAUGGAGAUUGGGAAGAGUCGUACGCGGAGUUGCCACGUUGGAUGCUAGGGGUACAGUCAACCAUGGCCGGGACAGUCACCGUGUUGAAGACCUCCCCUGUUCGGCUUGGGGGUGAGGUUGAUGAGUCCACGGUGUACUUUCACCGACUUUUCUGGACAUUUCCACCCUGUAUCGAGGCAUUCCGGCUUUGCAAGCCCCUCGUCAGUAUUGAUGGUACCCACUUGUAUGGCAAGUAUGGAGGGACGCUGCUGCUGGCGAUAGCGCAGGAUGGGAACUCGAACAUCCUCCCGAUAGCAUUCGCCCUUGUGGAGGGAGAAAAUGCAGAGUCGUGGUCAUUCUUCUUGUCCAACCUACGAGCGCAUGUGACUCCUCAGGAGGGUAUCCUUGUUAUCUCUGACAGGCAUAAUGGAAUCAAGGCAGCACUUGAGGCCCCUGAGACUGGGUGGCUGCCUCCACGUGCUUUUCGAGCGUACUGUAUUCGGCAUGUGGCUGCGAAUUUUGCCCUAACCUUCAAAGGUAAGGACGCAAGGAGGAUGUUGGUGAAUGCUGCCUACGCCAAAACUGAAGCAGAGUUUUAUUACUGGUUUGACAUCAUGCGGACUGAGAAUCCAGCAAUGUGUGACUGGGCCAACCGGAUGGAGUACGACAAAUGGACCCAACACGAGGAUAGUGGUAGACGGUUCGGGAACAUGAAAACCAACAUUAGUGAAUGUGUGAACUCCGUGUUAAAGAGAACUCACAACCUCCCAGUGACAUUGUUGGUUAAGUCAACUUACGGGAGGCUUGCUCAGCUAUUUGUGGUACGCGGACAGACAGCAGAGGCACAACUCGGAUCUGGGCAUGAAUUUUGUCAGGCAUUGGCCAAGGCUAUUGAUCAGAAUAUAAGAGACUCUAGGUGCUUCACUGUGACGUUAUACGAUAGGCAUCAAUCGGAGUACACUGUGGCCGAGACAACACCGACCGGGAGCUUCUCGCUGGGUAGCUAUAGAGUUUCUCUUAAGGAUCACACUUGUGAUUGUGGUCACUUUCAGGCGGUGAAUUAUCCUUGUUGCCAUGCCAUUGCGUGUUGCGCCUACUCCCGCCUUAAUUGGGCGUCAUAUGUUCACGAGAUGUAUCGUAUGAGUGAGAUGUUCAACGUUUACAAGCAGGGGUUUGUUCCGCCUAUCCCAGAAGGCCUAUGGCCUCCAUAUGCUGGGCCAACUAUCAUUCAUGACCCUAACAUGAGGCGUGCAAAGGAAGGUCGUCCAAAGGCAACCAGGAUCCGCGGUAGUAUGGAUCAGUCUCUGGAGAACCAGCCGAAGCGCUGUGGGCUAUGCCGUCAGGCUGGGCAUACGCGGAGGAACUGUGACCAGCGAAGACAUACUGCUGGAGGGGAUGCUUAG